UGGGGCGUUUGCGAGGGCAUCGGAUGGCGCUGCGUGUUUGGAAUAGGCUUCCCUUCUCGCGCGCAAACCCCGGCCGCGUAAAAUUCCGCCCACUCGCCUUCGCUUUUUUUCUGCUUACCUACGAGAAAAGAGCAACUUUCUCACUUUCUAUCGUUUGGGUGUUCCUGAGUAAAAAGUGUCAGGCCAAUAAACUUUUGGUUGUAUUUAGCCUACUUGUGUAGCUGGGAGCUUUUGAGUGCUUGUAUUGCUCCACCAGGUGUGAUAAAUUUGGUCACCGGUUUUAGUUUGUGCUAGACCUGACUUCCAUAACCGAGACUGCCAUGCAAGGAAUGUGAAACAUUUGAGCAUGUGCAGAAUGCAUUUCUCCUUGUCACUGAGUAGCUGCUGCAACUUGUGUUAUAAACUUCAUGGCUCACAGACAGGCAUUUUUGGGACGAGUGGCACAAAUACAUUCCCAUAGCUGAAACAUAGAUUGAAACAUUAGGCUAAGGAUAUUUAGUUGUACUGUAUUGGAUAUUAACUUUUUCAUAAGUGUAAAAAUAUUUGCCCAAUGCUUCUCGGCUGUUCUAGGACCUCAUUGCACAUACUGGCCAAAACAUUGGCAUUGAUUGUAUCCUCUCAACAUUUCAUGGAUGAAUAGAUGAAACAAUUCUUCCUAUAGCCCAGAACUUGGGUAGGGCUUUGGUACCGUCUGGUAAGGUCAGGGAGGUGGGUCCAUAGUGUGCCCUAGUUGGAGAAUGGGGAGUUAGAACCAACCACAGGCCAGGCAGAAAUGGGUACUUAGGGUUCAUACACCUUGUUAUUUAACUGGGAUAGUAAACUUUCUGUACAUCCACUGAUUCUCCAUUCACCUCCAGAUCACUGCCUUUCUGCACUUCCCGCUCCCUCCGUCUGGAUUUUCUCAUACCUGAGAUACUAUGACAAAAAAAAAGAAUAUUAGAAUUGUAGAGUUGGAAGGGAACCCAAGGGUCCAACCCCCUGCAAUGCAGGAAUCCUGCCCACAGCCGUCCCUGGGUGGGCUUGAAGCACCAGCCUUCUAGUUAACAGUCAGACACACCCACAAGAGGAUAGGGUAUUUUCUCUUGGAUUUAAACCAUGUUUUAGAAUGAUCUUAUGUUUAUUGUGUUAAUAUUCAUAUGGCUAUAUUAAUAUUUAAAGUUUUGACUCUUGUGUUAAUGUUUGUGAACCAGCCACAGGACAUGGUUAAUGGGCAGUCGGUAGAUGUUUAAAUAAAUGUCGGCUGAUGUGGUGGGGGCCUCUUUGUUGCAGUGUCCCACUUGCAUAAUUGGCAGCAUAUGGUAUAAUGAUAGGGGAUUGCAGCAUGAUAUUUUGCAUUAGAAAGUUUAAUGGGACUUCCAAAUCUGCACGCAGUUGUAGUCUUAAUUGUGUGUCUCUUUCACUACUAUGCAACAUUGUUCUGUUCCCAGCGCCAGGUAUGUGAUUCUGCCUGCCAGUAAGUCCCACUAACUUCCAUGGGCCUUAUAAACAUGCUUUGGUUGCAGUAUUUAAGAUGCAAGACUUUCAAAGCAGAUAGUGUAAUUCCAAGUCAGGCUUAAUCUAUGAUGUUUUUCUAAACAAAAUAAACUAAUAAAAAGGUACAAUGGAAUAAUUUAUUCCCUUACUACACCUUCCUCUUCUCCACUUUCUUUUUAAAAAGCAAGCUUAAUAUGUUUCAUACUUCUGUACAAACUUCAGGUUACCCCAAAGUACAAACAUAUAUCUUAGCUCUUUGUUUAACUGUAAACACAUCCUCCAUAUUUGUAUCUUGCAACAUGCCUUAUUGUAUUUUCAAUAUGACUUUUUGGUACCUGAAAUUCAUUUUGAUUGUGCAGAUAAAAUAUAACAGAUAGACUUCUACAGGGUAUGUAGCUAGUUGUGAAAAUAGUCAAGAUCUAAGGAUCCUCAGGCAUGCACCUCCAGACAAUGGAGACCUCAGGUGCCAUCCUGGCGCCCAGGCAUAUUCACUUGGUUGCAAAUAGCUGAUAGGUGCAAAAUAUAUUUGGUGCCUGGCAAAUUUCAAAUGCUCCUUCUAUGGUUCGCUGCCUAAGGUAAGAAGCACUGUGUAAUGCAGUGAGCUAUCAAGGAUGGGAUUUAGAAAGCCCAUUCUGUCCCAGGUGAUAUUGGAACCAUUGGAACAAGUCCUGAGAAGGGCCAUUUCUGAGAGACUCUUGUCUGAAACUCUGCAACAAAAAAAAUAUUUUAUUAUUUUGCUUAAAGUAGAUGCUUAAGUAGAUAAAUCAAUGGUCUGACUCUGUAAUCAGCUCCCUAGGAUCACAUGUACUUCUUACUGACUACUUGAAUAGACUGCUGCCUAAACUCUCUUCCCUGAAUCUGUGCAAACUAAAGGGAAAAUCUGUACUCUGGCUGAAGCUGGCAUUUUCGUGUUUUGUUUGUGGGUAAUCCCAUAGUUGUACUAAAGGGGGAUUUUCCACUGCAGAUCAGUUUGUAGCUUGGGCCUCACUGUUGUGACCUUUGCAAGUGUAGUUUCCCCACCUACGCAGGGAAUGCCUUUGUGUGAAGACUCCAGUACUCCCUGCAAUUUCUUUCUGAGCAAUCAUAUGCUGGAGGAGGCGGCGGCACUGGUCACAUGCAAAUGUUUCACAGAUGAAGUUUCUGAUGCAAAAGCAUCUCUGCAUUCUUAGCGUCCACACAGAGGUCACCAGCUGCUCAACCUUAGAAUAAAUAUCACAUGGGUAUGAGACAGUGGAAAUGGUUGAGGAAGAAAAGGAUAGGUAGGCUGAAGCUAGGACAUUAUGAAAAGUUUUCCUUGCUACUCCUUAAUCUGGAGGAAUACUACUUCGAGCAGCAUACAGCUAAUUACAUUUUUAACAAGGAUGGAAGGGAUGGAAGAGAAAGAAGGAAAAUCAGGGGGUCAUUAAAAAUCUGCUCAAAAUCAGUGAUAUUUGAACCUGAUGAAAUAAGCCACCCCAUUAUUAAAAUUCCAUUGAGAGACUGCAUUAAAAUAGAAGCACCAGAGGAUAGUGAUACAAAUGAUUUCUAUGCAGGGGCCAUCCCUGGACAGAUUUCUAUUUUAUCCAAUCAGGCUUUUCUUACAAAAGAGCAAAAUGUCAUUGCACCCUUUAAAAUGGAAAGAGGUAAAACUGAAUACCUAUUUCAACUGGACGUUGCUGGGAAAGUUGAUGAUGUUCUGCAUACCCUUCACCAGCUGUACAGGGCAUCUCACCUGGACAAACUGGGGGACCAGGCUGCUAUGAUAACUGCUAUAUUGCAGUCACGUUUGGCCAGGACAACAUUUGAUAAGAACAGAUUUCAAAAUGUUUCUGAAACGUUGCAUAUGGAAUGCAAAGCUGAAAUGGUCACUCCAUUGGUGACUAAUCCAGGACUUGUAUGCAUCACUGAUGCAAACUUGUAUUUCCAGCCUCUUAAUGGCUACCCUAAGCCGGUGGUUCAGGUGAUGCUGCAUAGUGUCAGGCGUAUCUAUAAAAGAAGGCAUGGUCUAUUGCCGUUGGGUCUUGAAGUAUUUUGCACUGAGAACAAUCUGUGUUCGGACAUCUAUUUGAAGUUCUACAAUACUCAGGACAGAGACAAUGCCUAUUUCUUCGUGGCAACAUAUUUAGAGAAUCAUGUUACAGAGCACACAGCAGAGAGUUACAUGUUACAAUGGCAACGAGGGCAUAUUUCCAAUUACCAGUACCUCCUUCACCUCAACAAUCUGGCUGAUCGGAGCUGCAAUGACCUCUCCCAGUAUCCCGUCUUUCCAUGGAUCAUAGCUGAUUAUUCUAGUUCAGAAUUGGACUUGACAAAGCCAGAAACCUUUCGGGACCUCAGUAAGCCAGUAGGUGCACUAAAUAAAGAAAGGCUGGAAAGACUGUUGAUACGUUAUCGGGAAAUGCCAGAACCAAAGUUUAUGUAUGGGAGCCACUACUCGUCACCAGGUUACGUUCUGUUUUAUCUUGUCAGAGUUGCACCAGAAUACAUGCUUUGCUUACAAAAUGGAAAGUUUGAUCACCCUGACAGAAUGUUCAACAGUAUUGCAGAAACUUGGAAGAACUGUUUAGAUGGGGCAACAGACUUCAAAGAGUUGAUUCCCGAGUUCUAUGAAAAUGAUUCUACUUUCCUACUGAAUAGUCUGAAAUUGGACUUGGGGAAGACACAAGGAGGAAAGAUUGUGGACAAUGUAGAACUUCCCCCUUGGGCAUCAGAUGCUGACGAUUUUCUCCAGAAGAGCCAAGAUGCUUUAGAAAGCCAGUAUGUGUCAGAACAUCUCCAUGAAUGGAUUGACUUAGUGUUUGGCUACAAGCAGAAGGGAAACGAGGCCAUUGCAGCUCAGAAUGUAUUUCAUCCAUUAACCUAUGAAGGAGGAGUAGACUUGAACAGUAUUAUGGACCCAAAUGAGCGAGUAGCAUUGUUGACACAAAUCCUAGAGUUUGGACAGACUCCAAAACAGUUGUUUACAAUCCCUCAUCCUCGGAGGAUUAUCCCGAAGUUCAAAAGUUUGCUUCGAGCAUCCAGUCACGAUUUUUCGAUGCCUGAGUCUCCAGUUUCUCCAGGUGAAGAAUCUUUUGAAGAUCUAACAGAAGAAAGUAUAACGCUUGCUUGGAACAACAUGACCAGAUUAAAGAUAGAUGGGCAACAUAAGAUUCACAGAGGGGCAAUCACUGGAAUUGCUGUGCCUUACAGUUCCAACCACUCUUCUGUUUUCACUACAUCUCAAGAUUCAACCCUGAAGAUGUUUUCUGCAGAAUCAAAAAUGCUGCAGCGGAGUAUAUCCUUUUCAAACAUGGCUCUGUCAUCUUGUUUAAUCCUACCGGGUGAUACUACUGUCGUAUGUUCUUCAUGGGACAACAAUAUCUAUUUCUAUUCAAUAGCUUUUGCAAGGCGGCAGGAUACGUUAAUGGGACACGAUGAUGCUGUCAGCAAGAUCUGUUGGCACAAUGAUCGUUUAUAUUCUGCAUCUUGGGAUUCAACUGUAAAAGUGUGGCAGUGCAUUCCUGCAGACCUGUUGGGCACCAAGAAGCGGUUUGAAUUGCUUGCUGAAUUGGAACAUGAUGUUAGUGUAAAUACAAUCAACUUGAAUGCUGCAUAUACCCUGCUGGCAUCAGGAACAAAAGAAGGAUCUAUUAGUAUCUGGGAUGUUACUACUGCUUCUAUCUUGCAUCAACUUCCAUGCCAUUCAGGGACUGUCUCUGAUGCUGCUUUUAGUCCCGAUAGCCGGCACCUACUAAGCACAGGAGAAGAUGGCUACUUUAAAGUGACAGAUGUGCAAACUGGAAUGAUCAUCUCUUCCAUGCGCUCGGAGGAACCCCAAAGAUGUUUCAAAUGGGAUGGCAACACCGUCUUAUCAGGAAGUCAGUCAGGAGAAUUGUUGGUUUGGGAUAUUGUUGGAGGGAAGAUAGUAGAAAGAAUUGCAGGACAUACUGGUGCUGUAACAUGUAUGUGGAUGAAUGAACGAUGCAGCAGCAUAAUCACAGGAGGGGAAGACAGACAAAUCAUGUUCUGGAAACAGCAAUACUAAAAAGUGCCUUCUCACUCAUAUGGAUAUUUUAAAGUGAACUUUUUAAAGGACCUUCUUCACAAGUAGCAAUGCCUGCUGAAGUUCAAAGAGCUCUAGCUCCAUUGCCUAGUUGAACGCUGCAAAUAUUACUUGUAUUUCCUUAUGAAUGUUAUUAUUGCCUGAAAUGCUUGUCAAAUAAAGACUUAUUUUUCAGUAACCAAAGCGGUUCUAACUUGCAACUGCAGUAAUUUACUUAACAUUAUUUGUCUAUAUUUUCCACAAAAUGGAUAAACCUCAGGCCUUAGCAAAAAAAUAAGUGUAUCCUAUCUCUGAAUGUUAUCCUGCUCAUUACAAAUAUCUCUUUACUAGCAACCUUGCUGCUAGAGACAGCAUGAACCACUGCCAUUUCAGAUGUUGGACUACAACUAUCAUUCCUGGCCUUUGGCCCUGUAGGUGUGGACUGCUGGCUAGUCCAACUGCAUCUGCAAGCCCUGCUCUAAUGCUCCUUUUAAAGCAUCAGGAUUCCCUUAUGUAGAGAAGUACUUUUUAAUAUGAACAUAGCAGCAUUCAUUACCUGUAAAAAUGGGGGUUAAGGCCUUUGUGUUUAUACAAUCCUACCUUCUAAAGUCCUCACCAGCAGAAUGAAAUGGCUGUGUAAUAGGGACCAGCAAUGUAAACAACUUCAACCAUUGUAGAAAGCUUUAGAGUCUUGAGCAGCAGCCUUCAAAGAAUGUCAGUUGCCAAAUAGCUGUACAUAAACUAAUAAAAUUCAGAAAGGCAAGAAAUUAAGGUAACACUCUCUCAAAACUAAAAUGAAUCAUGUUACUGUACAUACUGUUCCAAGCUAGGCUCCACACCUCAACAUGACAGCUCACCCCCCCUUUCCACUACUAAUUAUUGGCUUUUGAAGGGGGAAAGAAAUUUAGGGACCUUAAUCAGUAUAGUUAGAAAAUGAAAACCUUGUUUUUCAGACUUUAUUUCUGUUUAAUAUGGUUAAGGCAACAUAAUUUAAGCACAUUAGAACAACUUGUAAAAGAGCAGCAGUAAGACAAAACCUAAAUGCUCACCUGUGCUAUUUAAAAUGUCUAUGGAAUGAUACGUUAUGCUCAGUUUAACUGGCAUGCUUUGUAAACAUGGUUACUAAAAUCAGCAGUUAACAAGCACUACAAGUCAUAACUGUAAAUAUCCUUCCUAGCAGAAGGUAGUAGAAAAAACUAAU